CCACUUGAGGUUUGCCCUGGCUCGGGGUUCAGGUUCACGUUUCCACCAACACAUCACUGCUGCUGCUGAAAGGUCGAGGCAGUUUUCCUUUCGGUUCCUGGAAAUUCCCCUGCCCUGCCCAUCCCCACCACAUGCCUGCAGUAACAGUUUGGAACGUGGAGGACGUUUCUUCUGAGAAGUAUUUUGGGAGAGUGAGGUCACCAAGAUGGUGACACGGGCCCUUCCUGACUUCACUCCCCUCACAAGAAGGGCAACUGACCGCCUUGGAGAGUGGGACAGCAGUGAGCAAACCCUGGAAGUCUGGGCGGAGGCCACAGCGCCCUGACCCCAGGGACUGGGAGACUGCAUGCCAGGCAAUUAUACCAUGUAAUACGAACAUCGUCACUUUCCCACAUGGACCAUAUCUAAUGGAAAUGAACAGAAAAAAGUUCGGUCCACGAAAGCUGAUGAGUCCUAAGUGUCGCCUGGUGAGAAAGGGAUGACUACGGGUUGCAGAAAAGGUGAGUGAAUAACAGGGUCAGGGUGCCUCAUGGCGUCGGUGGUUAUCAAGCUCAUUAACCCUCAGCAGCCCCGGUGACUAACGCACGUCUCACUCGGACUCCAGGACAGAAUGUGACUUCUGGGUGCCGCUGCUCUCCCCGAGCCCGGCUGGUGUCUUUCAGGGAACCGCGGAGCCUCUCGGGCGUGAAGCUUCCGGCCGGCGCCAUGGAAAGGAACCUGAAGAACGUCCUCCUGCUCUCCUUGGGGUUUCUGCUGCUCUUCACUGCCUACGGAGGGCUGCAGAGCCUGCAGCUUGUACAGCGAGGAGGGCCUGGGCGUGGCUGCGCUCAGCACGCUCUACGGCGGCAUGCUGCUGUCCUCCAUGUUCCUGCCGCCCGUCCUCAUCGGGAAGCUCGGCUGCAAGUGGACCCUCGUGCUCGCCAUGUGCUGCUACGUGGCCUUCUCUCUCGGCAACUUCUACGCCAGCUGGUACACUUUGAUCCCCACCUCCAUCCUGGUGGGACUCGGGGCCGCCGCGCUGUGGUCUGCACAGGGCACCUACCUCACCAUCGUGGGGAACAUGCAGGCGCGGAAGACAGGACAAGUCGGCAAAGACGUGGUCAACCAGUACUUCGGCAUCUUCUUUCUCAUAUUCCAGUCGUCUGGCGUGUGGGGCAACCUGAUCUCGUCUCUCGUGUUCGGCCAGACGCCCACUCAAGGGACCGUCCCGGAGGAGCAGCUGCAGACCUGUGGGGCCAGCGACUGCCUGAUGGCCGCGGCGUCCACCAACAGCACGAGGCGGCCCUCCCAGGACCUCAUCUACACGCUCAUGGGCAUCUACACAGGGUGCGGCUUCCUGGCAGUCCUGCUCACAGCCGUGUUUCUGGAACCCGUAAAAGAUGCUGGGCCGGAAGGUGACAGCGAGAAGCGGGCGACCCCUUUCUGGUCCACUUUGCUGUCGACAUUUAAGCUGCUCCGAGACAAGCGCCUGCGUCUCCUGAUCCUGCUGCCGAUGCUCAGCGGGUUCGAGCAAGCCUUCCUGUCGGGCGACUACACGCGGUCCUACGCCACCUGUGCCCUGGGGAUCCAGUUCGUGGGCUACGUGAUGAUCUGCUUCGGGGCCGUCGACGCCCUGUGCUCCGUGCUCUUCGGGAGGCUGGCCCGGCACACCGGCAGGAUCGCGCUCUUCGUGCUGGGGGCCGUGACCCAGCUGGCCUGCAUUGUCGCCCUCCUGCUGUGGAAGCCGCACCCCAGCCAGCUGCCCGUGUUCUUCGUGUUCCCCGGCCUCUGGGGCAUGGCCGACGCGGUCUGGCAGACACAGAACAACGCUCUCUUCGGGGUUCUGUUUGAGAAGAACAAGGAGGCCGCCUUCGCCAACUACCGCCUCUGGGAAGCCCUGGGCUUCGUCAUCGCCUUCGGAUACAGCACGUUCCUGUGCGUCAGCGUCAAACUGUACGUCCUCCUGGGCGUCCUGGGCGCCGCCAUGGCCGCCUACGGGGCCGUCGAGUACCUGGAGUCCAGGAAGGCGGUCGGGCCGCUGGCCGCAGCGCGGACAAAACCCGCCGAGGAGGGGGUGGCACAGACGAAGCUGUGAACCGACAAGCCCCGCGGUGGGCGGACCUGGGGCGGCCCCAGAGCAGGCGAGCGUUACCCGGAGACUCCGCGGGGUCUGCGGUUGAUUCUUUACGACCGCUUCAACGCGGUUUUACUUUUAGGUGAUGUUUUUUCUAUCUUAUCAGAUUCUUCAGUCCACCAUCUCAUCAGCGGAGAUGCAGAGUGUAGGUGGAGGAAUCAGUUCGUUUCAGAUACAGAAGAGAUAAACUCAGGAUACCACCAGCCACCAGGGACUUGCCUAGAGUCACGGGUCAAUAGCCUAGGCUUGUUUGGGGGUUGUUGUUAAGAACUCGAAAGUCGCUGAAAAGACGCAGCCCAAUGCCAGCACUUUGCAAAUGGGCAAACUGACGCCCUGGCAAGUCAGUGACUGCCUCCCAGAGUCAGUGAGGGACAAAGCCAGACGAGGCUCUCUGUGUCUUGAAGCUUAUAGGGUAUGAGUUUCUAAAUAAAUGCAGUUAUUUUAUGGACCUAA